AUGCCAGCCCACAACAAGAUGCCAGAGUCCGCUACUGUGCGUGAGUUCAACAACAUCCCUGCCCGGACACGAGAGCAGCGUGAAGCUGUUUGUGACAAGGAACAACGAGAGAAGGAGCGACUGCGUGCGCGUAAAGAAGGUUUUGUACGCGUCGACACGUCUGUUGCUGGCAGCGCCAUGCUGGUGUACACACCUCAGAGUCAGGGGUUCAUGAGCGAUGCCGACCGCUUCCAUUCAGACACGGCAGGUGAGGAACGAGCUGCGAGAGAGGGGGCUCGAGCUCGGGCUCGAGUGCAACAGGAGCGACGUCGUCGUGAGGCUGUGAACCGAGAUGUGCGACGUUGGGAUGCCAUGGAUGCUGCCGCUGCAGAGGAGAAACGUCGUGUAGACGCCCUACGUGCGUCGGGCUCCAAAGCUCGACGCAACAAAUGUGGCGAGCCAUUCAAUCCCAUCACACUGAAAUACAACGACGGGAAAGAUGGCGAGCGACUGCAGGCGGCCGAUGCUGCGAUCAAACAGCGCGCCAUGUUACGAGCGCAGAAUCUGCAGUACCACAACUCGCGUGAAGGGAUCAACCCCAUUACAGGCGAGUCAGUACGUCGUAUCCAAACGAGGGACUUGCUGCCACCUCCACAGUAGAUAAUCAACGAGAACUACCAUAGUUUGAAAAGUAAAAGCUUUGAAACAAGUAGGACAGACAGCGCUAGUGUUAUUGCAACAAUACGAUCUAAAAAGUAUCUUCGGGGCGGCUAUGAUAGUCGUUUUAACGAGGACACGUCGGG